GUGAAAGCACUUUCUUUUUUUUUAUAAAAAUAUUGUUUAAAAAAAGAGGCUAUAUUUAUAUUUAUUAAUUUGUUAGCCUAUUAUCAUUUUUUUUAUAAACAGAGAGAGUGUGUAAAAUUAUAAAUACUUAGCUAUAUUCAAAAUAUAAAAUGUCUUCAGAUGAAGAGGAUUCCGACUGCCCUUUGUGCAUGGAGGAAUUGGAUAUUGCUGAUCGUAAUUUCAGACCUUGUCCUUGCGGUUACCAGAUCUGUCGUUUUUGCUGGCAUCAUAUUAAAACUAAUCUAAAUGGUCGUUGUCCAGCUUGUCGAAGAUUAUAUAGCGAGCAAAUUGUCGAGUUUAUUCCUGUAAGCGCAGAAGAAAUCAUGCGUCUUAAAAAAGAAAAGAAGGAAAAGGAUCGUCAAACACGAGAAAUGCGAGACCCUAGUCGAAGACAGCUGUCAAAUGUCAGAGUUGUUCAAAAGAAUCUUGUCUAUAUUCUUGGUUUAAGCUCAAAAUACGCAAGUGUAGACAAUGAAUUGUUUAGGAAAUUUGGUCGUAUUGACAAAGUUGUCGUCAGUAAGAGGUCUAAUCCUUCAUCCAGUUCUAAUUUGUCUGUAGGAAUUUAUGUUACAUACGCCCGAAAGGAAGAUGCUAGUCGAGCCAUUGAAGAAAUUAAUGGAAUGGAAAUAGAUGGUAGAACUAUAAGAGCUUCAUAUGGUACAACAAAAUACUGUACCUAUUAUUUGAGGCACAUGUCAUGUCCAAACCCUAAUUGCAUGUACUUGCAUGAACCGGGAGAUGAUGUUGAUAGUUAUAAUAAGGACAACAUGACUAUUGGCAAACAUGCCACGUCAACUUCUACAACUACAUCAACAUAUCCCAACAAGCGUCCUGCAACUACCGUUAAACCAGCACCUGUAGUUUCUUCAGAACCCCCUAAACCAACUACUACGCCACGCACUUGGGCGCCUAUACCUAAGGUUGUUCCUGUUCCACCUGUUGUAGUUGAAGAACCUUCUACUGCUUCACCACCUUCUCCUGUUUUCAAGGAGGUCACUAGCAAACAGUCACCUAUUAAAACUCCAAAACCUAGUUCUAAGGCUCCUAAGCUUGUUAAGAAGCCUUCAGGUGCAGAAAAACUACAAUCUACUAAAAAAAUUGUGCCUGAAGAAGACGAAAAACCUGCAUUACCUGCAUCUGCAUCAUGGGCAACUUCUCAACCUAUCAUUAAUCAUGACAGCGUCAUUACACCUGCUAACUUUGGGCCUUCUUUAACAGAUGCCUUAAAUGCCCCUCAAAAGCCUAAACAUUCGCCUUCUCUUAAAGUGAAGAAGGAAAAGAAGAGUAAGGCAAAAAUGAUUCGUUUGGAAGAGUUUGAGGAAGCUGAAAGAGCUAAGGCAAGAGCGGUGAAUAAUAAAAUUGAUGCCUCUUCUGUAUCUGUUUCUAAUAGCUCUGUUAAAUCCAUAUUAACUGUUGAAGAAAAACCAUGGGUACAGCCUAUAGAAAAAACACUUGACGAUACACAUCCUGAGGAAUCAGCUCCACAACUUGUGAAAGAGGAGGAGACUAAAGUUUCUGAAAAUACAGUUGAAGAAUCUAAUAUCGUUUCUCAAGAUGAUGUUACUAAAGAGCAUAUUGCUAAGGAACUUGAACAGUCUACUGUAAGUGAUGAAUCAUCUAUCAAAGAAGAACAAGAAAAUAAGGAGGAAGAGGUUAUGAUGGAAGAGGAUAAUCAAUUUAAAGAACAAGAAGCUCAAGAUGGGAAAACUGAAUCUAUACAGAAAGAAACACCAAAACAAGAAAUGGUUGAAGUCAAAAUGGCUGAGGAUUCUAAAGAACAAGAAAAGAUUCAACCUAUUGAAAAGGUUCAAGAUAAUAAAAAUGAAGUUAUAGAAGUUGAAACAAUUCCUUCUAAAGAAUUAGAAUCUGAAAACAACAUGGUAGAAGAGGAAGUCGAUUCCAGUAAUGAACAACAACAGAUUACAGAAGAUACUGGGACAAAGCUCGGUGAAUUAGAUUCGUUAAAUAAUAAUAUAAUUAGAGCGUUUGAUGAAGCUGCUGUAAAGAAAACACAUGAAAAAGUACAAGAUGAAGAGACUCAAGAAGAACCUGAACCUGUAUUAGACAAUGACAAUGACAAUGAUAAUGAGGAACAAGCUAUUCAAGAGGCUCAAACUAUUUCAUCUCCUUUAGCCGCUAUGGAUCGAUUAUCCGCUCUCGUUCAGCAGGAAAUUAUGACUGAAUUACCUGAACAGCUCUCUGAAGAACUUAGCCAACUUCCUCCUCCAUCUGAAGCACAACAGUUUGAAAACCAUCAUCCUAUACCUCCACCAGGACUUAGUGGUCCACCACGACCAGAAUGGAUAAACCGUGGAUUUGAUCCAUUUAAUGGACAGGAUCCCUCAGUUAUUGCAGCUCGUCGCUUACAGCACUCACAACGUAUGUUAGAGGCGAGUGGAUUAAUGGCUAGUCUAGGGUUUGCACAACCAAUUCCUCGUUUUGGCUUCUCUGCUAAUGGUUUCCUUCCUCGUCAACAGCCUCCUAUGGGUAUGUUCCCACCACCCAUGAUGAGACCACCACCACCUCCUCCACCUCCUGAAUUGAUGAAUAUGCAAUCUCACUUUGGUCCACCUCCAGCAAUGCAAAUAGAUAAUCUGAGAAAUGAAUUUGAUGCUAUGAUGAUUAACAAUCAAGCACGUGAAGAUUUUAGAACCCUUUUACCUAAUAUGAAUGUUAGUUUUAAUAAUCUAGAAAAGAGAAGAGCGGAGGAAAUGUAUCAGCAGCAACUUAUGAUGCGACGUCAGCAACAACAGCAUCAAAUACAACAGAAAGAUAUACCCGUUCGUAUGGAUAAUCAUCCUUUAAAGCAACAAUAUCCAGCUUAUACAGAAGCGUCUCAGCAAGAAAAAGUUCUAUUAAAAUCUCCCAUUGUAGAUCAAAGCAAUCAUUCGGACGUUCGUGUUGAGGCACAGAACUUUUUUGGUGAGUUCCUACGUAAAGCAGCAAAUCAACAAGAAGUAUCUCCAAAGAAUCAAUCUCCACAAGCUGUUAAUUCAUUACCUUUCCAAGAUCCAGCCAUUAUGUCUGUUCGUAUCGCUGAUAAUGAAACACCUCAUAUUUCUAACUCUUCCCAAAAUACUAUACUUCAAAUCCUAGGUGGACAUCCAUCUCAGUCUUCAUCCAUGAUGUCAAUUGAUCAGCAAAUGCAACAACACCAACAGCAAAUGCAGCAACAACAACAACAAAUGCAACAACAACAACAAAUGCAACAGCAGCAACAAAUGCAGCAGCAGCAACAAAUGCAGCAACAACAACAACAAAUGCAGCAGCAACAACAACAGCAAAUGCAACAACAGCAUAUGAAUCAACAAAUGCAUCCAAUGAAUCAACAGAUGCAUCCAAUGCAACAACAACAAAUGCAGCAAAUGCAAAUGCAACAACAAAUGCAGCAACAUCAAAUGAAUCAACAGCAGAUGCAACAAAUGCAAAGACCAAUGGAUCCUAGAUUUAUGAUGGAAUUUCAACAAGAAAGAAUGAUGACUCAUGAAAGAAAUUUAAAUAACGAGCCUUUUAAUAAUAUGUUCAUGAGACCUCCUCCACCUAAUUUCCAACAACAAAAUCCCCUUCCUCCUUCGUUUAUGCCACCUGGGUUUAGAGAACCACAGAUGAUGAAUCGUAUGCCACCUCCACCUCCUGGUAUGAUGGGUCCACCACAUAUGCCACCUCUUAAUGACAUGAGAUUUAAUGGGCCACCUAGCAUGUUCUCUCCUAUUAAUGAAGAAAGUCGUCAGUAAUUUAACUGUUUUGCUAUUUUUUUUUAAUUGUCAUAAAAUUCGCUUUUCCUUUUUUUUUUUAAAAAAAAACACAUAUAUAAA